AUGUCCGGCGACAACAAGAACCAAAAUGAGGUGGAGGUUAUGGAGUACACAACUGUUAAGGCUAGCUAUGAGUCACUAAACAAGCGGUACAGACGCAAUCACCGAGACAUGGAGAAAGGUAUAGCUGCUUUAAAUAAGUCACUUGACGAGUUGGAAAAUGCAACAGAUAUCACAAAAGCUACAGCAGCACUUAGCAGAGUUCUAGAAACCGUUCGUGGCGUGAAACGCAAAGCUGAAUUUGUAUGUAUUGAAGAAAGGAAGCUGUUGAAAUCAUGUAAACGCAGAAUAGGACACCUUAGUCAACUGUGUUUGCUUGAUAGUGGGAUGUUUACCCGGGCCUCAGAUGAGCUACAUUUCAACGCUAGUAGUAAUCAAAAGUCUGAAGAAUCAAUUUCUAAAGUUAAUAGUAGUGAAUCAGACACUACACUUAAACGCCGUUCUACUUAUUCUGUUGAUGAACGCGCACUUUGUCUAGCAAGAUUCCAAAGACACUUGACAGAUUAUCUUUUUACAAGUGGUCAACCUUUAUCGGCUUUGAAAUUCGCUCAGGAGAAAGCCGAACUGGGUGAUCUAUGUAUGAUGGAAGUUUUUGAUGAAGCUGUGUCUAUUGAGAAGGCACUUUUAGAAGGAGAUACAGGUCCAGCAUUCUCUUGGUUGCAAGAAGCUAACUUCAAGUUGAAGAAAAACGAUUCGUAUUAUGAAUUUGAUCUUCGUGUAUUCGAGUUCUAUCUACUUGUCAAGCAAGGGAAACGAAUUGAAGCCAUCCAACAUGCCAGAAAAUACAUGAAUUCAGUUAAACAAGCUGAUGAUUAUCGUGCCACAAAACUUGGUCAGGCGAUGAUUUUAUUGGCAAUGCGUACACCUGAAGAACUUCAGAAUAAGGCAGAUCAGAAUAAGCUAACUGAGGAGUGGAUAGUUAAACGGACUCAUGAAGUACUUAUGGAAUUUUACGCUUACAAUAUUAACACCCCGUUUCAACUGGCUGUUAAUGCUGGAAUUACAGCAAUUAAAACUCAUUACUGUUACAACCCAAAUACUCAACAUCGAGACUGUGCUGUUUGUCAUCCAUUAAUCAACAUGUUGGCAGUGAAUUUACCAUUUGCUCGUCAUGAUCAUUCUAUAUUAACGUGUUACAAGACUGGUCUUCCUAUGAAUGAUGAAAAUCCCCCAAUGUCAUUACCAAAUGGUUAUGUUUACAGCCAAAAGGGUAUCGCUGAGUUAACACGUCCAGAUGGAACAAUAACAUGUCCUCGUUCAGGGAAAACAUUUGAAGCCUCAGAAGUCCAGAGAGUCUACAUAGUCUGA